UCAAGGGUUUAAGAAAACCUCUACCAAAUAAAAUGGCUUAAAAAAACAAACAUACCCUUAAUUUUCUUUAUAUUAGAACAAAAAUCGCAAAACCUGUUUUGAAAUCCAUUAUCGCAAUUCACAUCGUCGUCGAACACAGUGUGUGCGUUUCUUCCAAGGACACAAUAUGCAGGCGAGUGAUAGGUUUAAUAUCAAUUCACAACUCGAGCAUCUUCAAGCUAAAUAUGUUGGAACUGGUCAUGCUGAUUUAAACAGAUUUGAGUGGGCCGUCAAUAUUCAGCGUGAUAGCUAUGCAUCAUACAUUGGUCGCUACCCUUUACUUUCAUUCUUUUCCAUCGCUGAAAACGAAUCUAUUGGAAGACAACGCUAUACCUUCAUGCAGAAAAUGCUCCUGCCUUGUGGUCUGCCUCCAGAAAGAGAAGAAGAAUGAAAAUUUGACAUCUAUAUUACAAAUAGAUCAUCACGGUUUAUGGAGUUUUAUCAUUAUAUUAUAAUAAUGUGUCAUUUUGAUUAAGGAACUUAUGUGAUCUUGAUUGGCAAUUGUGGUAUCAUUUUUUCUUUUGACAUGUAAAUGCUUUAGUUGUUAUUGAGCAGAAACGCUAAAUUAUGAGAUGUCAAAAUUAGUAUUUUUUCCCAUGUUGUCGUGAUGUUUUGAGAGAUGGCUUUUUAAGAUGAAUGAUUUAUGUUUUGCAUCCA